AUGGGGGCUGUUAAUGUUCUUGUCAUUGGUUUUGGCCUCAAGCUCAAUGUUUGUGUGUUGCGUGUGAGUUACGAGGUGUGGGACGAGACACUGGGUCUGCUGGCAGAAGCAUAUGCGGCAAAAUGCAUCUGGGAUCAUAACCCUCAACUAAAGGAAUUCAGAAUGGGUGAAAAUCUCUUUUUAGGCACUGGACCAUUUAAUGCAACCAAAGCAAUGAUGAGCUGGUUUGGAGAGCACAUGGAUUAUGACUUGGAAACCAAUAACUGCCCUGAAGAUAAAAUGUGUGGCCAUUACACUCAGAUGGUCUGGGCAGACAGCAAUGAAAUUGGCUGUGCUGCGCAUUUCUGUGACAAACUUGAGCAUCUGGAUCUGAAGGCCACUCUUUUCGUGUGUAAUUACUACCCUCAAGAAAAUAUUGAGGAACAAAAACCAUACGAGUCUGGAGUGCCAUGCUCGAGGUGUCCAGAUACCCUACCAGUGUGCGAGGACAACAUGUGCGUGGUUAAGGAUCUCUUUCAUCCAUCCGAGGGGCCGGGGGCAGAUGCCACCGAAGAUCCGUCUGCCUUACCUGAGAGUCCACGAAUGACGACGGAGCCCGCUGCUGUUCCCGAAGAGCCCACACAAGUGCACAUUAAAAUUGAGACCGGCAUGGAAAGUGAAGCGAACCAUGGAUCCGAGAUGGAAAGCGUCUCAGCUCCUCUGGUGAUGCUUGUCUGGCUGCUGGAGGCUCUUGUUUUGUGAGGGUUUUGGAGUGGAUGAGAUCGGUCAUAAUCUGAUGAGACACACACAAAACAUUUCUUUAAAGGGGUCAUAGGAUGCCCAUUUUCCACAAGUUGAUAU